GUCACCAUCAGCUGGUUCAGCGCUGUUCAUGGGAGCAGCUUCAGAAGCUAGAGCCUUAUGACAUCGGAUAGACAUUUAAUUGCAUAAGGCUUGCUGUAAACAGACCAAUCCUUCUGGAUCACAGAUCUGUGCGUUCAGCGCGCUGCACUGACGUCUGGAUCAGGAAAUGCAGCAUUUCCCAAAACAAGCUGGUGUACGCAAGAAGUGAACGCUUGCUCAAGAGACUCAAGAAACAUGGCAUCUGGUUCAUCAAUGAUGAACGGGGACAUCAAUCACCCACGCGGGUCUGGCCCGGGGAAUCUGGGCAGUUUAGAAGAGACCCUCCAGCAAAUGAACACCCUGAUCAAAGAGAACAGAGAACUGAAGGAGGCCCUGAAACAAACCAACUUAUCCAUGAAGGAGAGAUUUGAGGGUCUGUCAGCAUGGAAGGAGAAGCAAAAGGAGGAGAGAGACUUCCUGGAGCAACGAUUAGAGGAGGCCAAAACCAGACUGAAUGCUUUGGAUUCAGAGAACGAGGUGCUGAAGAAACGAGUGGAAGAGCUGGAAAAAAGUGGAGCUGAGUGUUUACACACCGAACUGGAGACGCUGAGGGGUCAGAUUGCUCGACUUCAGGCUGAGAAGAAUGAUCUGGUAGCAUUAAACUCUGAACUCCAGCUCAAAACGGGUCAAGGUUCACCUAGAGAUUCCUUCAUUGAGAUUAGAAUAGCUGAAGAUGAGUUAAAAGUGACCAGAGAUUUGCCCGAUAUGCCAAAGGACCCUUGUGCUUUCAGCAUGCCAAAGGCUGAGUCGGAGGAACAGACGGUGAGGCAGCUGCUUCGCUCCCUCAGAGCAGAGACUGAUGAGAAGGAGAAACUGCAGCUAGCGCUCCAGGAGGCACGUGGGAGAAUUGCCGAGUUGGAGAACAGACUGGAACAUGCUGACAGCAGCGCACAGACAUCUCUCCCCUCUACAACUGAAAUCAAUGCAAGCGCUGAGGUGAAGAAUCUGGAGGAUCAGUUGCUGAAGCUCUGUAAUGAAUUGAAAAAGGCUCAGAUCAAACUGGACGAGGCUGAGAACAUGAAAAGAAAUCUGCAGGACAGGUGUAAAGAUCUGGAGCAGGAUCUUGGUACUCUGAAAACUCAGCUGGGAGAGAAACAGAAGGUUCAGGCUGAGAACGACACUCUGAGGGUUCAGAUGGAAAGCCUUCAGGCUGCUGUUAAACUGGAACAGAAGAAAACUCAGGAUGAGAAGAACAACCUGAACCAGCUGAAAGAUGCCUAUACCAAGUUGUUUGAAGACUACAAUGAGCUCCAAGAGGAAAAUAAGAAGAGAACGGGUUUUGUUUCACGGGAAGACUAUGAUGACCUCCAAAGCAGGUUUGAUAUGGCUGAAAAGGCGCUGGCAGACAAACAGAAGAAGAUUGAUGAGAUGAAGAUGGAAAUCUUCCAGAAGGAAAAGGAACUAGAAACCAUUUCUGUUUUCCAGGCUCAGGCAGAGAUAUAUUCCUCGGAUUUCUAUGCAGAACGAGCAGCUCGGGAGAAGAUUCAUGAGGAGAAAGAGCGUUUGGCCACUCAGCUGGAGUAUGUGAAGAAACAGAACACCCAGCUUCAGGACGAGAUGGAGUCACUUGGCAGGCAUUCCAUGAGUGAGAUGCAAAGGAGACAUGUGUCACGUGGGGCCAAUCCACAAGGGCCAGCAUCUCCACAUCACCCGCAAGGAGGUGACUGGCAGCAGCAGAAUAUUCCAGAACAUGCUUGUCCCAAAUGUGGGGAAGUCCUACCUGACCUGGACUCCCUGCAGAUCCACAUCAUGGAUUGCAUCAUUUGAGCCUGUUGCCUAGUAACCCUAUACCAGAUCCCCCCAAUAUGUGAACUAGUGGUUCAAUAGCUUUACCUUCAAGCAGCCUGAAACAUAAUGCUUCAGUAACACAGGUCUAUAAACCCUGCAUCCUAAACAGUACUGCACAUUAUCAGUGUGGAUGGUUUCAGAUUAACAGAUGCUAUUGGUCCAGGGUGAGAAUCAGGAUUUAAUGUGUAGCUUUGGUUCUGACUAGUUGGAUUUACUUUAAAUACACCCUAUAUAACAGCAACAUUAUUAAGCUGCUUUAAGACAAUUUAUCACUGUCAACUAUUAAGAAAAAAAUAUAUUAUGUUGCAGGUGGCAAUCAGCGUGGCAUACAUAAUCAGUCAUUCUGUUGUGGGUGAAUUAUGUUAUUGGUAGCAAAAAUAUUUUUGUUUAAGAUUAAUUUUUCUGAGAGAAUCAUUUAUUUUAAAGACUUAGAAAAGAAAUCUCAGUUAGUUAUAUUUUCAUUAUAUUCUCAAUGCCACACAGAGGUCAACAGAUAAUGUUUUUCUUACUUUUGUUUGUUGGAUCUGUUAACAAUUAAAGCACUUUAUUCUGUUUAAUAAGCAAGGUUAGUUCGAUUUGGGGCAAGUUCCUCUAAAUAUAAAACCAUGUCUGAAUGUUAACACCUGCCUAAAUCUAAUAAAUACUUUUCUGAAGUUCA